AUGCAAGAUAUACUCAAGUGUACAGAUGAACAUUUGGCUGUGUGGCGAGAGACUUAUGGUAGACAAGAUAAGACCAACGAAAUUGAUCGUGAAAUAUUUAAGGAAUAUAGCAAUCUGAUGAUGGAUAUCAUAGGCAUAAUCGCGUUCGACCACAAUUUCAAUGCAGUUGGAAAAAUUGACAUACAAAACGAGGUGCCGAACCACCAAGAAAUGACAUUAGGCGAAGCAACGUCAUUUCUAAUGCAGACGCUUGCAGACACAGUCCUUUUACCCUUGCCAACAUUUCUUAAACGCUUCUAUUUGACUUGUUUUUGUCCGAAGUAUCGACGAUCUCUCUCGAUCCUUCAUGACUACGUCUAUCGUAUUAUCGAAGAGCACAAGGGAAAGUAUCAGAAAGCUGGUAACGAGGAUGAAUCAAAACCAGCAGUGAGACAGAAUCUUCUCACGCUCCUCACUUCCAGCUUGCAGGAAGAUGAACUAAUGGAAGCAAAGAAAGCGCCAAAUGAACGUGAAGGAAUAUCAAGACAAGAACUUUUAGACAAUAUCACAAUGUUAAUAUUUGCCGGCUAUGAAACCACCGCAACAGUCCUCUCAUGGUUUACUUAUUUCGUUUCGAAGCGUGCUGAAGUACAGAAAAAAAUGAAGCAGGAAAUUCGAGAGUAUUGUAGCGCAGAGUACGAAGUAACAGUAGAAAAUUUACGGAAACUUGAAUAUGUCGAUUGUGUGCUGAAAGAAACUCUCCGUCUAGCGCCAACUGUCGUUGCCGUUAGUCGCGAACCUACUCUCAGUGGUGAAAAGACUGAAUUAGAUAGAGUGAUUCUCAGUAAAGGUCAAAAUCUAAUGGUUGCAAUUGCCUGCCUCCAUACUGAUGAACGAAACUGGAAAAUGAAUCCACUCGAAUUUCUACCUGAGCGAUUCUAUGGUCCUAAUGCACCCGAUGCAGAACAUCACCCAUUUGCUUUUUUACCAUUUGGUGGCGGAAGGCAUCAGUGUGCCGGACAAGAUUUGGCGCGUUUUGAAUUGAAAUUGAUCAUUGUACGAUUGAUGCAACAUGUGAUAUUUGAAGAUGCACCAGGAAACACCGGUGGACACGUUCAACGAGUAACUGUCAUACCAAAAAAUAUGGCUAUUCGAGUUAGAUUUGACGACAAGAAAGUAGAGUAG